AUGAGUCUUAUUGUUGUAAACUCUCCCAACAAACUAGUUGAGAGAAAGUCAUCAAAAAAGCAAGUCGGGCAAAUAAUUGUAGGCUUUGAGGAGGAGAAAAACUUGAUAAUUUCACAGCUUACCAAUCGACUAGCAGAGCUGGAUGUUAUUUCGAUCAUUGAAAUGCCUGGUGCAGGUAAAACUACUCUUGCGUACAAAGUAUUCAAUGAUAAGUCAGUUACUAGUCAUUUCGAUAUUUGUGCAUGGUGCACAGUCGACCAAGAGUAUGACAGCAAAAAGGUGUUGCAUAAAAUUUUUAAUCAAGUCAUUGGUUUAGAUGCGGAGUUUAUGGAGGAUUUUGACGUUUAUGAUGAGCUUCGAAAAAAGCUGCACAGUAGGAGUCGAGAAAAGAAAGUGGCUUUGCAUGGAAAACGUCAUAGUGAUCCCCUUAACCUUCGAUUGCUAAGACAAGAAGAAAGUUGGGAGUUACUAGAGAAGAAGGUAUUUGGAGAAGAAAGCUGCCCUGACGAACUAAAGGAUGUUGGAGAAGAAAUAGCCCUAAAGUGUGAGGGGCUUCCUUUGGCACUUGAUAUGAUCGGUGGAGUCAUUGCGAAGAUGGAAGUUUUAAAUAAUUUGAAAUCCUUUAAGAAUGAAGGGGAGGUGAUGGAGGUUAUAGAGUUAAGUUAUUACCAUUUAUUGGAUCACCUAAAGCCAUGCUUGCUCUACCUCGCAAGCUACCCAAAGGACGAAGAUAUUCGAAUCUCUCAAUUGAAUGCCUUAUGGAGUGCCGAAGGGUUUGUGGAACAAAAUGCCAUGAAGAGUGUGGAAGAAGUAUCGGAGUCUUAUGUGUAUGAGUUAAUUUCUAGUAGCUUGGUAAUACUUUUCAAUGAGAGAGGUAUCAGGGACCCGAGUAUCAAAAUUCAUGAUCUUGUGCAUGAUUUUUGUUUGAGAAAAGCUGAAAAGGAAAAGUUGUUUGGCUUUGUGGUAGGCAUGUAUGACAAGCUUCCUGAAAACUAUCACCUAAGACACUUGAGGCUUCUUAAAAGGUUGGAGCUGCCGUAUAUAACAUUGACAGAUUCUUUGCUGAAUGAAAUAGGCAUGCUUGUUUAUUUGAGGUGCUUAAUCAUUCAAAUAAAGGCAAGAGCUUUCCCUCCAUCAUUUGCAAACCUCUUGAAUCUGGAAACUCUGGUGGUGCAUAAUGUGUCAUCAACAACGGUUGGAGAGGAAUCGUUUCCUGUGCUCGAGGAACUACAAUUACUAUACUGUUCUGAGAUUAAGGAGAUCCCCGACAGUUUUGGGGAUAUUACUUCAUUGAAGUCUAUCGCACUGGAAAGCAAUUCUCAACUUGAAGAUUCAGCUCUAAGGAUUAAGGAAUAUAUUUCGGAAAUGACAGGAGAAGACAAGCUUGAGUUAAAGGAGUCCUUGGCGAAAAUUGAUCUAUUUCCUUAUAAGUAA